ACCCUCGACCCUCGAGGUCUCGAGUCUUGACCAACCCAUACGCACCCACCCUCCGCCGCCGUUUUUCUCUCCCCAUCUCGCCCGCCGUUUUCGUCCUUAUCGAUCUCCUCGCACCUCGUGGCGGCACCUCUCCCCUUCGAUCCACCAAGGGUUUAGGAUCGGCGGCGAUGGCGGCGAGGCUGGCACAGCUGCGCGCUCAGGCGGUGCAGGCGGCGGAGUUCGCCUCGAAGCACGGCGGCUCCUACUACAAGGAGCUCAUGGAGAAGAACAAGCAGUACGUCGUGCAGCCCCCCACCAUCGAGAAAUGCCAGGAGCUCUCCAAGCAGCUCUUCUACACCCGCCUCGCAAGCCUACCAGGUCGGUAUGAGUCAUUCUGGAAGGAGCUUGAUGGUGUCAAGCAGGUAUGGAAGAACAGGAAGGACCUCAAGGUUGAGGACCUUGGGAUUGCGACUUUAUUUGGAGUUGAGCUUUAUGCAUGGUUCUGCGUAGGCGAGAUUGUUGGCAGAGGUUUCACCUUAACCGGCUAUAAGGUCUAGUUGAUUUCCAGUGAUUUAAGACCUGCUUUAUAAAUCGACACUUUAGCUGAUGCUUGUCGAAACGACGAUGAUACCUGCCUUCCUUCACAAUUUUGUUUCUUGUAAGAGUCUACCUAGUGCUGAAUGCCAGCAAAGACGGGCACAUGGUUGCAACAUUGCCUCAAUAAUUUGCCCGCGCAAUUCUUGAUUUUGAUGCAUGUAAUUCUUUGUCAGUUGCAUGUGCUGCAGUCCCUGCGUGCAGACUCAUUUCGUGUCUUUCGUUCUGCCCACAAAAUAAAUUCUUUCUGCGU